AUGGCGUCGUGGAGGUCGUGUUUGUGGACGGUGUUCGUGCUGUGUUUGUUGGGGACAAUAUCCGGCCUGGAUAAUGGACUCGCAUUGACUCCGCCAAUGGGUUGGCUGGCCUGGGAGAGGUUUAGGUGUAACACGGAUUGCAAGAAUGACCCCGACAAUUGUAUAAGCGACCGGCUGUUCCGCACGAUGACCGACAUCCUGGUUUCCGAGGGCUACGCAGCGGCUGGCUACGAGUACAUAAACGUGGACGACUGCUGGCCUGAGAGGGAGCGCGAUCCUAGGGGGCGUUUGGUUCCUGAUCGCGAGCGCUUCCCGUACGGCAUGAAGAGUCUCUCCGACUACGUACAUAGCAAGGGUCUGAAAUUUGGCAUCUACGAGGACUAUGGUAAUUUCACCUGCGCCGGAUACCCAGGCGUGGUCGGCCAUCUUGCUGGAGACGCUUCCACGUUCGCUGCGUGGGGUGUUGACUACGUGAAGCUGGAUGGAUGCUAUGCCCUGCCGGCCGACAUGGACCAUGGAUAUCCGGAGUUUGGGCGUCAGCUGAAUCUCACUGGCCGCCAAAUGGUCUACUCGUGCAGUUGGCCCGUCUACCAGAUCUACGCCGGAAUCCAGCCUAACUUCUCGUCCAUCAUUGAGCACUGCAACCUCUGGCGCAACUUCGACGACAUACAAGACUCUUGGGCUUCCGUCGAGUCUAUCAUAGACUACUACGGAAACCACCAGGACUCGAUCGUGCCAAACGCCGGCCCGGGGCAUUGGAACGACCCUGAUAUGCUGAUCAUCGGCAACUUCGGGCUGUCGUACGAGCAGAGCAAGACCCAGUUCGCCAUCUGGGCCAUACUGGCGGCGCCUUUACUGAUGAGCGUCGACCUCCGCACCAUAAGGCCCGAGUACAAGGCGAUACUGCAGAACAGGAAGAUAAUAGAGGUGGACCAAGACCCGCUGGGCAUUCAGGGCAGGAGGAUAUACAAGCACCGCGGCAUAGAGAUCUGGUCGCGGCCAAUCGUGCCCAUCCAGGGGCAGCACUACUCGUACGCGGUGGCGUUCCUCAACAGACGGACCGACGGCACGCCGUCCGACGUGGCAGUGACCCUCCGCGAGCUGGGACUCAACAACCCGGCCGGCUACCGGCUCGAGGACCUGUAUGAAGAUGUGGACUACGGGGUGCUUUCGCCCCAGACUAAAAUCAAAGUGAAAGUGAACCCCUCAGGUGUGGUGAUACUACGUGCGGACGCGCAACCUUCCUUCGCCUACAACGCCAUUCCGACCAGAGCACCUUACACGCCCCUUAACGAUAUAUUUAGACUGACUAGGAAA